UCUCACAAAACAGAGCAUGUAUGGAGCUACCCUUCAAGGCGUAGUAAAUAAGUACAAAAAAUCCAUAAUCCAAAAUAAACAGAAAAAGGCGCAUCUGGGAAGACUAGAUUGAAAUAUGAUGCCAUAAAUCCAUAGUUGAACUUUGCCCAUGUGAAGUGAAGGAAAAGAGCAGGUCCAGGUCGACCUGGCACAGUUAGUGUUGUGAUUUCGGUAAGCUGAUGUGGAAGGUGUACUUUGACAGCAGCUACAGGGACAUCAGAGAGUUUCGAGCUGAGCUGAACUGCCUCAAGGCAAUAAAAACAAGAAGUUUUGAAAAGGUGUUUAACGCAGCUGCACUCUGAGGCCUGGUUGAGCAGGGAGGAUGGAUCCCAGAGGACCCCCAUGGCGAGGCUUUGGGCCUCAGGAACCUCAGUACUAUGGUCCCAGGCCUGGCUACCCACCGAGGUCUUGUGACUGGGAGGGCUAUAAUAGGCCCAAUCACCUUGGUGAAGCCUACCACCCACACCCAGAUCCCAGAGCAAAGCAACAUCUGCCUCCAGACCCCAGGUCUGGGAGUUAUGUUUCCAGCCCCCAUCCCAGACCGGAUUUCUCCCCCAGUUACUGGAGCACUCCCAUCUCUAGGUCGGGCUAUGAUCCACAUUGGUCAGGUGGCUGGCUGCAACCAAGACAGGGUUAUGACCACCAUCCCCACAACUACUCAUCUUGGUACACCACAGAGGAUUAUGGGUACUAUGAUAAUGGCUAUAACACCAGACACCACAAACAACCAGGUGCUGGCCAAUGGACUCACAGCAUACCUGAUCAAGAGUACCGGAGGUCAGAGACAUAUCAGGAAGGACAAUAUCAACAAGACUGGACUGGCACCACUUACACAGAACAGUACAGCAGUCAGCCAACAGAGAACCAUUGCUUUGACCCCAUCUUUCCCAAUGAAGGCCAUGCCAGGGAAAAUGGGGAAGGUUCAGGAGAGGUCUCUCUGUAUGGGCCUGGGGCCCUGGUGGAAUCCAAAAUGUCUGGGCUGUCCUCCAGCACCUAUGAGCUGAGCCAGUACAUUGAUGAUGCGGAGCAGAGCAACCCACCCGUACAGUCUCGCUGGAGCCCCCUUACAGAGCACGCCACUGUCCCAUGUGUGGAGGCCCCGCUGAAAUUCUCUCUGCCUCAUGUGAGGGUCAGCUUCGGACCAGGCGGUCAGCUGAUACGGGUCAGCCCCAGCCUGGUCUCGCAGGGGGAUCCUGCCCUGGUGGAGUUUCACAGUUUGGAGGUAAUCCUGGCAGAGACACAGGAGCAAGAGGAAAUGAGAGAGUUCCCUGGACCACUGGCGAGGGAGGACCUGCACAAAGUGGAUGCAAUCUCUUUCGCACUGCAGAAGGCAGAAACCUGCCUGAAGGAAGAAUCAUUGCAAGACAGUGCCUCUUUUGCCCUCUUGUGGAUGCUACUGGUACUUCUUUGCAGACAGAAUGGUAGGAUCACGGGCUCGGAUGUCGCAGAGCUCCUGAUGAGAGACUCCUGCUCCCCAGGGCAGUUUGACAGCAAGCCUGGCCCUUCAGAUGGGCCCAGCCUCAUCGAUCUGAGUGAGGGUCCCACCCCUGAGAUGGAGGUGUUGGACAGCGCCGACCUGUUGACUGGGGCCCCUGAGUCCAGUGCCAAACCUGGAGAGAAGGCCCUGCAGGCAUACACCCAGCUCCUGCUGUCUGGGAGGAAGAAGGAGGCCCUGGAGUUGGCCAUGAAGAGUGACCUGUGGGGACAUGCCCUGUUCCUGGCCAGUAAGAUGGAGAACAGGUCUUACACCACUGUGUUGAACAGGUUCAUGGGAAGUCUGUCUACCUGCGACCCCCUGCAGACUCUGUUCCAGCUGCUCUCUGGGAGGAUUCCCACCAUCACCAUGUGCUGUGGCAGUGAGAGGUGGGGGGACUGGAAGCCCCACCUGGCCGUCAUGCUGUCCAACGAGACUGAAGACAUUGCUGUGCAUCAGAAGGCCAUUGUCACCAUGGGGGACACUUUAGCCACUCGGGGCAUGAUCGGCGCUGCCCACUUCUGCUAUCUGACGGCACGUGUUUCUUUUGGAGUGUACACCUCCAGUGCAGAAAAACUGGUCCUUCUGGGAAGCAGCCAUAGUCUGCCUUUCCUGAAAUUCGCCGGGAAUUCUGCUAUCCAGUGUACCGAGGUAUUUGAAUACAGCCAAAGCUUGGGAGACUCCUCUUUCUUCAUUCCCUCCUUCCAGGUCUAUAAGUUCCUGUAUGCGUGUCGCCUGCUGGACUGUGGGUUGGCGCCUCAGGCCUUCCACUACUGUGAGGUGAUAGGAAAAGCCCUGCUGAAGCAGCAUACCCCCAGCACAGUCCUCCUGGGAGAGGUUAUUAAGCUGGCUGACAGGCUUAAGCAAUCAGAUCCACACUUUAGUGAUGUCAGCGCGGACAGGUCCGCUCAGGACCCUGAUUGGCUAGCACAGCUGCGGCUGCGGCAGCAGGGUGCUCAGAUGGGGAGCUAUGGUUUCACUGACACAUGCGAAUCAGCUGUUGAAGAACAUACAAUGGCAAAUGAGGAGAAGAAAGUGUAUCCAGAUCCUUAUACAGAUGAUCAUGAGCUCUCCCCAGACACAAUGAUUGGUGACAUUCAGCAUCCAGAUGCUCAGCACCUACAGUUUGAAAAUGCCGCUGAACUGUACACACCCUAUACCUGGACGCAGCAGGCUAGUUGGCAAGCACACAGCCAGCCUGCGGCAACCCCGGUGACUGGAGGUCAAGAUUGCAACCUUGUGUUAACAAACGGCACAUAUUCCGAGACUGCACCUCUGAACCCAACACUCAGUGGUCAACUCUCAGCUGGUCAAGGGGUUGAGAGCCAGCCUGAUACUUGUGGGAUGGGUGAGGUCAUGCCAAGCCCAGACGAGCAGAGACAGGCCAGCCAGCAGCCCCCUGUCCAGGAGAGAAUGGCCACGGGGCAGGGAGGUGCCCAGCCUGAAAAGGGCACUAAAUCGGGAUUGUUUAGUGGUUGGUUCAAAUCAAAGCCUAAAGACAUCCAGAAGGAGGGUACUGAAGAUUUAAAGCAUACCUCUAUGGAAAAGGAGACACCAGCACCCCCUCUGUCCUCACCUCCUCCUCCCCCACCUGACACAUUCCUAUCUCUGCCUGCAUCCACGGGGUUUAACCCCUUCUCUAAAAAUGCCGGGAGACUGCAGAGUUUCGAAGGUUGACAUUCUUCCCCUGGGUCCACCUCGCUGGCCCUCUCUUAGAGGACCCUCAAUACCACAAUUUUGUGAUAAUAUUCAUGAAAGCUGGGUAACAGGGAAGACAUUGACUGGAUUCUGAUGUCAGGCUGAAGCUGAAGGCCACCUCUGGGACCUCUUGGCCACCUCCCCUUAUUUCUUUUUCUGGAUGACCCUUCAAACCUCCAGUACUCCAUCAGUGUCCAGUAGUUACAAAAAUACACUGGAAACACUAGUGUGAUUAGUGUGCUUUCAGUGUUGUCCAUCACAUUCAAUUUGCUGAAGAAAGUGAGCAGCUGAGGUUGUGCCCUGGGGAAAUUGCUACUGGAAAAUGUGCUGGGUGUGGCAGUAGAAGAUGGACGAUGAGUCACAGCAGCCACCACCUGAGGUUGUGCAUUCUGUAUGAUUAACACCUUGAACAAAAGCCAAAGAAAAGGCAAUGCCUGUAUAUAUCAGUGCAGCAUGUCAAAGACCCCAGUACAAUGUAUGUGUGUGUUAACAGCUUGUUGUGAGGUGGAAGGCUGUAUUGCUUUGCCUCCUUCUCAUGUCACCACUGUUUGGCCUGGUUUAACAUUUAGUACCAGAUGACAUACACAUACACAUACAUGCAUUAAAUAUACUGAUGCAAAUGUGUCAUUAAUGCAGUCACAAUUGAAUAAGGGCUGGGUCACUUCAGCCAGACAUAAGUUGGGUGUACAACUCUGUAGGCUUACAGCAGUAACACACACACACAUUCCCAGACUGUGUAAUUUGCAGAGAAGGUUCCUGUUACCCUAUAUGGAUUGACUUGAGUUGGGCCCAAAUAUAAGCAUCUCAACUUUUCAAAAGGGGGCAAGUCAAGUAAUUAAUUUUGUUUGUAAUUUCUGUGGGAUUUAAAAUGUACUG